UAGGCGUGUUUACCUGCAAUGCAAUGCAGUGAUACAUGCAAGAGAAGUAAAGUGUAUUUAUCUCGAUUUUUAGAAAACUGACUAAUCGAGCUGAAUACUUCCGCUGCACUGACAUCACAUAAGGGUAUUAGCAACAUUGAAAUAAUUUCACUUUAUUUCACCCAAAACCCUCGAAAGCUUGCUUUAAAAGUGGACUGCUUGGAUUAGCAUCUGUCUGGCAUUGUAUAAUACGAAGCUAGUUAGCUAUCUAGCCAGGAGCUACUUCGAAAGGAGUGAGUUCUGGCAGCAGGUGCAGCAGAUGCAACAGAUGCAUUCCUGAUUGUCCAGCAGAAGCCUUUCCACAGGCAAGAUGGAGGAGUCAGAUGUGGAGCAGGUGUCCCUGGCUCUCAUGGACGCUGCCAAUGACAAGGAUCCUGCGGUCCAGGAGCAGGUCCGGAAGUCGAUGCUGACACUAGGCAAGCAGCAACCGGACAAGAUUCUGUCCAUGUGCCAGGACUACCUGCUCAAGCAUCCCAAGCUCAUAGUCGGACAUCGAGUGGUCAUACUGCAGACCAUCGAACUGGUUGUGAGGUCCAAGAUCGAUGAUGUAAGUUGUCCGAAGAUAAAAAGCAUAAUCUCCCUGGCAUCGGAUGAAAUGACCAGAUCAAAGGAGGUAGUACCUGAUUGGCAACAGGCUGCUAGCAAUAUUUUGGUGGCUAUUGGGAAUAAAUAUAUCAAUGACAUCAUGGAAGAAAUUCUCAGCAAAUUCCAGCCAGGGGUGCUGCCUCAUUUCUUUGUGGUCCAGACAUUGGCAAGCCUCUCUGAAUCCAAUGUGUAUGGCAUGGUGCCUUUCCUCAAUGCCAUCCUGGGGACCAUGCUUCCGAUGCUGGGCAUGGCCAAGCAAGACAACAUGAAGUGGGUCUUCUCUUCUGCCCUGUGCCGCUUCAGCGAAAGUAUUCUGGAGUACUUGGCUAACCUAGACAAGGCCCCAGACCCUACCGUGCGCAAAGACACCUUCUCCAGCGAGAUCUAUGCAGCCUAUGACAUCCUGUUCUGCAACUGGCUACAGAGCAGGGAGAGCAAGCUGCGCCUGACCGUGGCUGGAGCUCUGGGACCUAUGAGUCAUCUGAUGGCCCAUGAUAAGCUGGAGGAACAGCUCCCCAAGCUCAUUCCCACAAUGCUCUCCCUCUACAAGAAGAAUGCAGAACAUUACAUCAUCAGCAAGAGCCUGUGCCAGAUUCUGGAUGCUUCCGUGAACAUGGGCAGCAGGGUGCUGGAGACCCAGACUGACAACCUGCUGUUCGGUUUGCAUCAGCAGGUGUGUGCGCCUGUAGACUACAGCAACCCUCCAACUGUGAAGAACCACAAUGAGGUUCUCCGCUGUUUCAGCAUUAUGGCAAACACUUUCCCGGACCGCUUGACUGUGUUCGUCCUUCAGAAGCUGGAGAACAGCAACGAACGCUACCGUAUGGGGUCCCUGGCUGUGCUGAGACACCUCAUCAACUCCUCCACAAUCAUGGAGACCAAGAGACCACUGAUUCUCGCCAGCAUCAGGGUACCACUACUUGACAACAGCAACAAGGUGAAGAAGAUGGUCGUUCAGGUGAUCAGUGCCAUGGCUCAUCAUGGAUACCUGGAGCUGGAGGGUGGAGAGGCCCUUGUCAAAUUCAUCGUCCAGCACUGUGCCCUCCCCAACACCCAAGUUGGGCAUCGGCCCUUUGACCCAGAGGAAGUGACAAACGAGGCCCUGAGGACCAUGUGUGAGAACACCCUGCACCUCUUCACCACCACGGUGGGCCGGCUGGCAGAUGUUCUGUGGCCCUCCCUGUUGGGCUACCUGACCCCAAUGCAGUAUGCCAAUGCCACUACACCCCUCUGCAAGAGUCUUAUCCUGCUGGGGACCAAGAAGAAGGCAGCGCAGGACUCCAGCUUCACCAUCGACUUCAAGGAGCAAGGCAGUCUUCCUACACCCUACAUACUUCUAACUAGACUCCUGGUAAAUGCCUCCUUCCCUUUUUGGAGACGCGAGCAGGGUAACCCUUCUUUGUGUCUUCUGCAAGUCUUGAGCACCAACAUUCAUCCAAAAACAGAGGCAGUUUGGGACACGGAGAUCCCCCUGCUCCUUAAAUACCUGGAAGACUGCACAGAAGAAGCGUUAAACAGGAAACAAUGGGAGGGAAGUCUUCUUGAGUUUCUUUCCAAAACCCUGGUGGCCAUUGAGGAUGACAAGUGGAGCUGUCAGUUGGCUGUUGAGGCAACACGCUAUCUCCCUACCUAUAACAGCUCUCUAGAGGAAAAGAGAUUUCUAUACAAGUUCAUCGGGGUUACAUUGCAACAGUGUUACAACAAGGACCAUGUUAAGAAGCUACUGCAGGAGAUCCUGGUCGCUGCACGUCACAACGAUGCCAUAGAAAGAACGGGAGUCGCAGUGGGAAUUGGGCUUUGCGCCAGUAGCCAUCUUGAAGGCACUUUGGCGAAGCUGGACGAUUUUGGGAAAUCGGAUGCCUUCAAGAAAGCCUCAGGAAUAUUCAGUCUGCUAAAAGACAAGAAUGACGUGGAGGUGGAGAAGAUCAAGAGCACACUGAUCCUGUGCUACGGCUACGUGGCGCUACACGCCCCUGCGGACCAGAUUCUUGGCCGAAUCGACUCAGACAUUUUGAAGAGCAUCAGCAAGCACUUCAACACCAAGGUUCUGGGAAUAAAAGUAGAGACCAAGGAUCUGACGAUGAAACUCAGCCUGAUGGAGAGCGUGGGGCUGAUCGCGCUGGCUGUUAGCGCCUGUGUGCGCCAGCAGAGCUACCUCUUCACCCGAAAGCAGGAGCUCAUGGGAGUCAUGCAGGAUUUUAUAAAAGGAGAACCACCUGAUGUGAUGCGCACCCCAGUUCGCCACUUAGCCAUGACCACGUGUGCUAACCUCGUAAACCUGGACCCCGUGCUAACGGAGAGCGAGAAUUUCGACUUGCUGCGUACCUGUCUAAACUGCGUAUAUGGGCUGGCCCCUGUGGAAGAGCCUGACAGGGGUAAAGAGGAUGAAAUCCUCGAUCCCCAGCAGAGAGAGGCACUGUAUGCAGAUACGUUCUGUGCUCUGCAUGAUCUGCUGAAGAAUGUUCUCACUCGAGACCUGAGCCCUGAUGGGCUUCAGAGCAUUUUCAAGCACAUCGAAGUCUGGCUGAACUCUGGACAGGACUAUGAGCGGGAGAGGGCAGUGAAGACCAUGGCUGAGAUCCUGGACUACUACCUGGACAACCUAACGGUCAAGAAUAUGGUGACGUUCCAUAACCUGGGGGCCCUGUUGGGCCGCCUGGCCCCCCGCUGCACGGACCCCAGCCCUGUGGUGCGACGGGCCGCCAUAGACUGCAUCUACAACCUGCUCUACAUCCAGCUGCGCUACGAAGGGUUUGCUCUGGACUUCAAGGACGAGUCUGUGGAGAGUCUGAUAACCCUGCGGGAGCAGCUGGACAACCCAGACCACGCGGUCUUGUACCGGACCUGCUCUGAGCUUUCAAAGAUCAUCAGUAAGAGACUGCCGCAGCAGCAGCUGAACACGCUGAUCUUCAUGCUGUUCGAGGGGCUGGUGGACUCCCAGUCCAACUGUUCCCGCGCCUCCAGUGUGGUCCUCAACACCCUGCUGAAGAACAGGGGAGCUGGCCUUCAGGACCUGGUGCCGGAGAUGCUGGAGGUGCUGCACAUCCGGCUGCAGGCCAUCUCAGAGGAGCAGGUGAAGGUUGCCGUGGCUCAGUCGAUCCUCAUCCUGGCCACUCAACACCUACAGACUGUCGUCAAUACCUUGGUCUCCUACCCCCUGCCCUUUGACAGCUGGAGCUGUGAGAUGUGGAUCGCUCUUGGGGCCGACAGCACGCUUGCCUCUCAGAUCAUGGAGCUGAUAAUAGAGAAGCUCAAUGUCAUGGUGCCCUAUGUGGACAAGAAAGAGUCCAUGCUGAGGUCUGGCUCCACCAAAGUGGCCACCAGUCACCCUUUAGCCAUGACCUGUGCCCUGCGGGAGAUGAUGCUGAACGGGCAGACUCUGGACGCCGUGGCCUCGCUGUUCCCCCGGCUCUUCAGCACCAUCUUGGUGCGGCUGGGCUGCAGCGUUGGCGUCCUGGUGCCCAAAGACAUUAACAGCAACAGCAUCGGGCCUGAGAGGAGGACGCCCAGCAAGCCACCGGCCUCCUUCGAUGUGUGCGGGGUGGCAGUGGAGGCGAUGCGGAUCCUAUUGGCCCGUGCCCAGCUGGACGAGGUGGUGAAGCCUCUGGACCAGGAGGGGGCAUGGGACAUGCUGAAGGACCCCCAGAAACACAUCGAUGGGGUCACUCUGCUGGCCAGGGCCAUGGCAAAGCACGCAGGACCACGCCUACCCUCCAUUGUGGAGAGCCUUUGCCCAAACCUCAGCAACGUGUACGAGUGUCAGAGGAUCACUGUGACUGCGUUUUUCUCUGAGCUGCUGAACCACCAUGUGGUGACUGAGCUGAUGAUGAUGGGCGUUCUGAUGAACAACAUGAUGGAGCGGAUCUCCGAUCCCUGCGGCACUGUGCGCAUGCUGUCCAUCAGAGGGCUGGGGAACAUCGCCGUGGGCUCGCCUGAAAAGGUGAACAAGUACGCGAAGGAGCUGCUGGCAGCCAUGAGCUCGGGGAUGGAGGAGAAGGACGACCCGGAUAAACGCAUCACCCUGGAGGCCAUGUCUGGCCUCUCCAAAGUCCUGCUCUACCUGGAUAAGAAGAAUGUGCAGCUGCUGGUGGUCUACAUCUUCAUGAAGAUCAAGCCCUUCCUGGAGAGUGAGAAUGAUGAGAUUCGCUGUGCCUCCAUCUUGCUGCUGGGCAACCUGUCCAAGUUCGGGUCGGGGGAGCCUGUCUUCAGAGACCAGAUCCACAACGUUCUGGUUAGCCUGCUUCUGCACCUCAGCGACCCCAGCCCACAAGUGGUCAAGGCCUGUAAGUACGCUAUGCGAGUGUGCGCUCCGGUGGUGGGCUCAGAGCAAAUAACAUCCAUGUUCCAGAAACAUCUGCAUGAGGACAAAGGUUUGCACUAUGGGGAGUUCAUCAAUGACCUCACCAAAUACAUUAUUCAAGACUUUCCUGCCAUGCUCAACUUCUACCACAUCACAGUCAUCCAGUUCUUCAAAAGUAACUGGCCUGAGGUUCGAGCCAGUGCUGCCAUGUUUAUCGGGUUUCUUUUAGGCAAUCUUCCAGAGGAGUACUUUUCACAAAUGAACAUGGGGAAUUUAACGAAAGGGUUGGUUCAGCUGCUGCAGGAUCCUGACGCUCUGGUUCGUGCCAAGGCUGCAGAGGCCAUGGGACGCUUCCACUGACCCGCUGACCGCCCCGUCGGCGGCGGCCUCUUUCAGAAGAAGGAAGACCAAAACCCAAAACUCGGCCCAUACUUGAAUUACCCCUCAACGUAUUUAGCGACCAAAGACUGUGUACUCCACGUCUUUAUCAGCUCCGAGCUCACGCUAACGCCCCCUUCCAUUCCAGCCUAUUGGAACUGUAUGCGAAAAGUAGCGAUAGCACUUUUCUUAUUUAGUUUUUUUAAAAAGAUGUUUCUCUUUUCUGUGUUCGUCAGCAGUGGUAGGGCCAGUGAGUGUGUGGUAGUUGUAUGUUGGCAGUUGAACCGUUCCAGAUGCAGUCUUUAGGGGGCUGGUUCUUUUGUGCAUCGCACUUGUUAAUCUGUUUAAUCCUGCCAUCUCUUAUUGUCUUUACCUUGCUGCAUCAAGAGCCUUUUGAUUCACUUCACCACCUCUCUCUUCCUUUUCUGCCCAUCCCCUUCUCCACCCUCUCUUCUUCCUGAGUUCACACCCUUUUCCCUAUUCUGCACUUUAUCAUCCCACCCCCAUUUCUCACCUCUCCAUCUCUCUCUCGCUCUAUCUCGAAUGCAUUCUCUUAUGUCUGUCUAGAAAGAAAAUGAGGAGGAAACGAAAGGGUGUAGAUUUCACUUGGAGAUGCACCUGCGUCCAGCUCUUGAGACAGAGCAGCUGGCCGCAGUGUACUGUAGCACUGCAUAUGCAUCCAGCACUUCUCAGUGACACAGGGCAGGAAAUGUUGACAAAAUGGCCGUUCCUGUGGAAACGCCACAUCAACAGUGCCAAAUGAGAAUUAUGAAGGUGCUUCAGAAGACAAAAUGCAAUAAUGUUUUAGUAUUUGUGUUUUUCCCUGUGUAUGUCUUUCCGUCCCCGUCUACAUUUGGUCAGAUGUUCACUGCUCGGAGUUUGUCUCGAUCGACUUUAUUGCAGGCUUUAACUUGUCCCUUCCAGUACGUUAUGUCAUGAUGUUGGUUACAGUGCGUUUAGCAGAUGGGGAAGAUUCACUCCGUCUCUUGCUCCACUGGGAUCAUUGAUGGCCUACAUUUCUGUAUGGUACGUUGCACUACACAGUAUAGUCUAGAAAUGACACAUCAGUCUUUCAUUGUCUUAAUAAUCUACAUUCUGUUAAUGUAUUUAUCAGUGGUGUGGGAAAGUUGGCUUUUUAAAAAUGCGCUCUCUUGGUUUGUCCUAAGCCUUCAGCGCAGGAAUUUGGUUACGAUAUGUUUGUUUAUUUGGUGAAGGCUGCUGUUUGUCUGUGUAUUUAGGGGUUCUGCAGUUCUCUUGUGGAAAAAAGCCACGGGGAACUAAUGGAACUGCGCUUUAGGCACCAGCUGGAAAUUAUUCUAGCAUCUGCAAAUGUUAAAUGCCUUGCGUUUUGUUUACUUUUAAAUUGUCUUUAAAAAGUGCACUAUUGUUAUGUCUUUGAUGACUUCCACUAUGACGGGCAGACAGUGAUUAUUGUCAUUUUUUAUUUUAGCAUUUAUUAUUAAAGUGAUUAUUCCAAAA